AUGGAAGAGACGGAUAUAGCAAAAUUGAGUGAAGAAGAGUAUAAUGAGGAGGAGGAUGAGGACUUUGACCCUACCAAGGGUACAGCUGUUGCGGGAGCAGAGGUCAGUGAUGGUGAGGAUGAUGAUGAGGAUGAUGAGGAUGAUAGUCGUGUGAAAGAUAGUUACUCGCACAUAGUGAGUGAAAGUGGUGGACUUGUGAAGACGAGGCGGGCACGUCAGCAGGAGGAAGAGUUUAAACGCAAAAACAAGUAUGAAGGGAUUGUAGAGGCUGCUAUAUCAGAAAAAGUUGGCAGUAUAUGGGAAGAUUUGAAGAAGGAGUCAUUAUCUCGGUUACAUAACAAAGAAAAUGACUCUGUAAUAUCAGAGUCCUCCAAACUUAAGAAGGAUAAUCAUGUAGCUGGCGAGGAGAUGGUAACCAUAGAGAGAGUAUACAAGUUUGCAGGAGAAACCAUACGAGAGAAAAAGACGGUGCCAAUAUCUAGUGCAGAGGCGGUUGAAUAUUUGAACAACUUGAAAUUCAGGAAAUCGACCGACCAAGCUGGUUCUACAAAGAGAAAACUUGAAGAAAUUGAUGUUAAGGAAAAUAAUAAUACAAAUGAAGAUACAUCUGAGAGUGGUAUUGAUAGAAAGAAGCUGCGAAGGCCCUUAAAAAGGCCACCUUUUUUGGAGCAGAUUAUAUCAGGAGCUCUGAAACCAAAGUUGUCAACAUUGGAAAAGUCCAAGUUGGACUGGGCAACAUAUGUUGACAAGGAAGGUAUCAAUGAUGAACUUUCGGCUCACAAUAAAGACGGUUAUCUUGCAAAACAAGAUUUCUUGAAUAAAGUGGACUCUGUCAAAGAGAAUGAAUAUAAAGAGUUGAGAAGGAAAGAGAUGAUGAUAAGACUUCAAGAAACAAAAUAA